AUGGUGGUGGCAGCCAUGGUGGCUGUGACCACCGGCCCGGCGUCGGCGCCAGUGGCGGAAGAAGACUCCGGUGGAGAGGCAGCACAGGCGGCCGCCCCUCCGCCAAAGGCUCGGGCAGCGUCGACCGGGCCCCGCUUGUCGCGGUUGCCCCUGGAGCUGAAGGCGCUGGUGAAAGCGGACCCAGACGUGACACUCGCGGGCCAGGAAGCCAUCUUCAUCCUGGCUCGAGCCGCGGAACUGUUUGUGGAGACAAUUGCAAAAGAUGCCUACUUCUGUGCCCAACAAGGGAAAAGGGAGACUCUCCAGAGGAAAGACCUGGAUAAUGCAAUAGAAGCUGUGGAUGAAUUUGCUUUUCUAGAAGGCACUUUGGACUGAGCUGCAUGUGUUCUGCAGAUCCUGGAGUCUCUUCUUGAAAUCCUGUGUUCUUCUACCUGCACUUCAGCAGGCCUCAACUGUGUCUGAACACCGUCCUAAAUAGGCUGUUUUCUAGGAG